AUGGCAGACCAACUCACCGAAGAACAGAUUGCUGAGUUCAAGGAGGCGUUCUCAUUGUUCGACAAGGAUGGUGAUGGUACCAUCACCACCAAGGAAUUGGGAACAGUCAUGAGGUCACUAGGUCAAAACCCUACCGAGGCUGAAUUGCAAGAUAUGAUUAAUGAAGUCGACGCUGACGGAAACGGAACCAUUGACUUCCCCGAAUUUCUCACUAUGAUGGCGAGGAAAAUGAAGGACACUGAUAGCGAGGAGGAAAUCCGUGAAGCGUUUAGGGUGUUCGACAAGGACGGCAACGGCUUUAUUUCGGCGGCCGAAUUGCGUCAUGUGAUGACGAACCUUGGCGAGAAGCUCACUGACGAGGAGGUCGACGAGAUGAUUCGCGAAGCGGAUAUCGAUGGAGAUGGACAAGUGAACUAUGAAGAAUUCGUUACGAUGAUGACGACCAAGUAA